AUGGAUGCAGCAAAGAAGUGUGACAUGGUCGAUGCUAUUGAUGACAGGUUCAGUGUGACGGCAAGUGGAGUUGGAGGCACACGAGCAUCCCUGGGUCGAAUCCUUGCAACUACUGUACGAAUAGAAGGAAUGGAUAUAUUGUGUUCAUUUGAUGUGUUCGCUUCUGACGUACAAGAUACCGACGUCAUUCUCGGCCUUGACACACUUACUAAAAAUCAUGCCGUCAUCAGCAUAUCGGAGCGAACAAUACAAUUCGGUAAUCUUGGAGCUGCUCCAUUCAUACCUGCUGAAGAAGCGGGAAGAAUCAAUCCAUUCACUGACACUACUCUCGACCACGCGAGCUGA